AUGGGUGAACUUGCAGACAGGCCGUCGUCGUGGCUGAAUUUUGUCUCUUACGGUGGCCUCGCCUCGCUGGGCAUCAGCGCUGUUCUCUUUCAGCUUGCCAAGCUCCAGGAUGGUCGCGUGUUUGAGCUCGACCGGGCGCAGGCGUUGGAGACCCUGGCGAGCAUCUGUCGCCCAGAUCACAUACUGCCCCUACUGGUUGCCGUACGGGGCCGGAUCACAUGUCGGGAGCCGGCCGUGUGCCAGCUCAGCGGUGUGCCGGCAGUCAUGCGGGAGUUAGUGGAGGAGGAGGUGUAUUUCAAGGAGCAACACACUGGUCGUACAUCGCAGGAGUGUUUUGAAAUCCGAAGGGAACAGGAACAGCGGGAGGCGUUCCUGGAGGACCGCACUGGCAGCAUCCGACUUGAGAACUUGCAACACGCGUCCGGGCUGCCAGGGGUGAUGGAGGUGAAGCAGGAGUUCAGACAUGCAGACCUGUUGCAGGGGACGUUGCUGCAGGCGGUGCUCAGCAAGGCGCUGAAGAGCAUGGUAAAGCACGGGGUGAGGGUAACGGAGCGCUACCUUCCAGUGGACACUGCCGUGACGGUGGUGGGAGAGCUCGUGGCGGAUUGCAUGGGCAGCACCGCCGCUGCCGCGGCAGGGUGUCGUACACGCCCCGCCGCUGGCGGCAGCGGCAACCCACUACUGGCGUCUUCGUCACAACAGCAGCCGUCGGACGUCAGCGGCAGCGGCGUCGAGGCAGCGGCGGCCGCUGACGUUGCCCGUACGGCGACCGGCGGCGGCGGCGGCACCGGGAGUUUAUCAGCAGCGGCGACGGCGGUGGCGGCGGCGGCAGGUGCGGAGCUGCUUGGGCAGGCGGCGCUGCAGGCGUUGCCGUACACACUGCGCAUGCCGGGCCGGGGCCCGUUCCACGUGACGACGCUGACGCUGCCGCAGCUGAGGGCUUCUCUGGAGCGGACGUCGGGGGUCAUCCGGGCCUUUGCCUGGGGCUUCGGUCUGCUGGGGGCGGCUCUGUUCGUCCGCAAAGCGGCCCAAGCCUACCACCGGCUCCAAGCCUACCGCCGCUACAAGCGCUACGCCGCUUUGGCCGAGGCCGCGAGGCGUACGGCCGCCGCUGGUGGCGGUGCCGCCGCAGGCAUGGGCACUUCCGCCGCCACGGGCGCCACCGCCGGCGACGACGACGGUGACGGCGUCCGUAGCCCCGGCACAGUGACGAGUCGAACUAUCCGGGUGUUUCGUCCGUAG